GUGUCCAAACGCAGAGAAAAACUCCUGCUGAAGCGACUGAUCUCCACACUGUUAUAAAGAUGGCGUUUAUUAAAGAGGAGAGUGAAGAUGUGAAGAUUGUAGAAACAUUCACAGUCAAACAGGAAGAUCUGCAGGAACAAACAGACCUAAUUGAAGAGAAUCAGGGGAGUAAAGAGGAGGAACAUCAUGUCAAAAUUGAGGAAAAAACUCAUUUACAGACUGAUGGUAUUUUGAAAAGGAGAGAUAAGAAUCGUUGCACCUGCACUCAGUGUGGAAAGACGUUGGCAAGCAAAAGCAAACUUAAGAUUCACAUGAUGAACCACACUGGAGAGAAACCAUUCAAAUGCACUCAGUGUGGGAAGAGUUUCAGCCAAUCAUCACACCUUAAUCUACACAUGAGGAUCCACACGGGAGAGAAACCUUUCACAUGCACUCGGUGUGGGAAGAGUUUUAGCCAAUCAUCAUCCCUUAAUCAACACAUGAUGAUCCACACUGGAGAGAAACCAUUUACAUGCACUCAGUGUGGAAAGAGUUUUAACUGCUCAUCACACCUUAAUCUACACACGAGGAUCCACACUGGAGAGAAACCAUUCACAUGCACUCAAUGUGGGAAGAGUUUCAGCCAAUCAUCAUCCCUUAAUCUACACGUGAUGAGCCACACUGGUGACAAACCAUUCACAUGCACUCAAUGUGGGAAAAGUUUUAGUCUGUCAUCAUCCCUUAAUCUACACAUAAGGAUCCACACUGGAGAGAAACCAUUCACAUGCACUCAGUGUGGGAAGAGUUUCAGCCAAUCAUCACACCUUAAUCAACACAUGAUGAUCCACACUGGAGAGAAACCAUUCACUUGCACUCAGUGUGGGAAGAGUUUUAACUGCUUAUCACACCUUAAUAAACACACGAGGAUCCACACUGGAGAGAAACCAUUCACAUGCUCUCAAUGUGGGAAAAGUUUCAGCCAAUCAUCAUCCCUUAAUCUACACAUGAUGAGCCACACAGACGAGAAACCAUUUACUUGCACUUAGGCCGGGGUCACACUGGACUUUUCUCCCCAUAAACUUCCUUUCAUAUGGAUGCGAAUGCAUCACACCGGAAACCAAGUUCGUGCGUCAAGUUUCGCAGUUCACUGCGUUGCAAAGUUCAAGCUUGGUGAACUCUGACGUGCAAAAUCAUAUCACUUGACUGUGAGGCCAAACAAAGAUCAAAACAUGACCUCUCUGGAUAGAAAUUUAAAAUGACCAAACGCUCACUUUUUAAAAUGUCUAAUCAUUUGUUCAAUCCCGCCCCUUUUUGCAGUACCAUACAACAGAAUUUUGCAUGCUCAAACUGUAGAGGUGGAACAUCUGGUUUGUUCUGAUAGUCCUUGAAAACUGGAGACUCCGGUAAGAGAGUAAAGGGCUCAGAGAAUUUCAUCCAACAAAAUCUUUAAUGAGUGCCUAUAUUAGUACAGGUCACCUGUUGUUGGUAUAGGUACAAAUGGGGUGUGAGUGUGUGUGUGUGUGUGUGGUCUGAAACAUAAAAUGGGCAAAUUGAAUAUCAAAAAAAUAUUACAGGUUUAUCACUUAACAACAAUCAAACGUGUCCAUUCUGAUUACAACAGAAAACAAUCUGCAAAUAUAUGAAUAAAUUCACUGUUAAUCUGUAGUGUAUAAGAAUGACUUUACACCAUCAAUCAAAAUGUAUACGUUAAUUCAACAAAGAAAUAUGCUGUAGCAUAAAUAGUUUGAACUAGCUUAUUAGCUUCCCAACACAGAUUGACAUAUAACAUCAGAUUAUGCAAAUAUAUGCAUUAAAGGAUUAAUAUAACAUUACAUAUAUUAUCACAACAGUAUUAACAUAAGUAUUGUACAUAUUUUUGGUGAAAAUCAGUAAAUAAACUCUUUCUUGGCAUGAACGCACACAGGGUAGAUAUCUUGCAGUCUCACCAUGCCUCACAUGUGAUUUGUGCCAUGUGCGUGCUCUUAAAUUGAUAGUUGUAAAUGUCUGUGAAAUGAGAGGUCCGCCAUCUAGUGGGUACUCAUAAGAACUGCAACCCCAUUAUAGGACAUUCCUACACAAACUCCAGUGUGACUGCAGCUUCUGUGUGGGAUGAGUUUCAGCAACUCCUCAGACCUUAAUAAACACAUGAAGAUCCACACUGGAGAGAAACCAUUCACAUGAACUCAGUGUGGGAAGAGUUUCAACCGAUCAGCAAACCUUAAUGAACACAUGAAGAUCCACGCUGGUGUGAAAGAGUAUACGUGCUUGAGUGUGAGAAGACUUUUGUUACAGCUUCAAAAUUAAAACCACCAGACGGUUUAAACUGUAAAAAGAGGUUUAAUCAGUUAACACAUCUGAAAACAGAAGAGGAUUCACACUGGAGUGAAACCGUACAGAUCUGAUCAGUGUCUACAGAGUUUUGCUCAUUCGGCGCAGCUUAACAAACACAUGGACAAAAAGUUGCACACAUGACAUGAAUGCAGCAAAACAUUUUCUCAUGUGCACAGGAUGUUUCAUGUCUGAAUAAUGUUUGAAAAGGCUGAGUGACAGUAUACUGUUUUCCAAGACUCCUACACUGCAGUAGGAUUAGUUGUAAAUGUGUUGCGCUUCUCGCGUUUACCGUAAACACAAUGAUGGCAGCUGAGAGAAGAACAGUUUCAUAAACAUCUGGCAAACAGCAUCUCUAAAGCUUAACAUCUCUUUGCAAGUGAUUGUACAGGUGCGGAUACAUCUGUACUCUACUCUCUAGUGUAUUCAUGUGGCUAGUGUUGUUUUGGAUGAUGUUGUCUGUUUGACUCCCAGAAUGAGAAACAAAUCAGUGUGAAGGCACCACACAUCAAAGAAGGUGGAGCUCCAGGACGGUUAGUUUGCAGUAUAACAUGGCCUCAAGUUUAAAAAGCCCAUUCAAUUGUCCUGUGUUGCAUCUUUUAUUAGUGUUUUAUUAGUUAAGUUUCUUUAUUUUUAAGUUUAAGGUUCUUUCUAGUUUACUACAUUUAAUUUUUUGAGUAGAAUACAAACUUGAUAAAUAUUUUCUGAUUUAGGCAGAGCGACAGGUAUUAAGUUGUAGGGAGUCAACGGAUCCUUCCAGAACCGAACAAGUCACAGACCAUAUUAUCCUUAAAAGAUUGGUUGGUGCCUACAUGUCUGAGCUUUGAUUUCAUUUUAAAGCAAUCCACAGGCACCCAGCAACAGGUUAUCCACAGGAUGACUCGCCAGUUGCGAUCACAAAUGUGUGCUAAUUAACUUUAGAUCUUAACACAAUAAAGGAGGCUACACUCAAAGACCCCCCAAACCAGUUUUUGAGAAUACUCAGCAAAGCCCCUUUUGUUCGCACCUGCAAAUGGCGUCUGCAAGGCAAUACACAUUCUCAGGCAGACACAGAAGUGAUCAGAAAAGCUUCCAAAGAUUAAAUGGACAUUCAAGUAAAAUUGUGUUUAUUUGAGUAAUGUAUGUUUGCUUUAACUUUCUGUAGGUUUUUGUGUGUACAUGUUCCAUGUGUUUAACAAAACUGUUAUGGAUAGUUAUUGAGUUAUAGCCCUCGGUGACAAAUGAAAUCUACAGAAUGCUUGUGAAAUACUUCAUGUUUGGUAUUGAUUGAAAGCUAGGAAAGUUUCAAAUGCAUUGGUUUAUAUGAAGAAACCAUACUAUGAAAGGUGUCCAUGUUAUGAUACUUUACUUUAACAAUUAUCCUAUCAAAGCGGCACCCACACAAUGUGCCAACCCGGCCUUUUAGAGGAGGGAACUGGGGUGUGACCCCACCCCGCAGCUUCUCUGAUUGGACAAUCAUUGUGUAGGCCCAGCCUAUACCAAAGCCUAUAAAACUUUGAACAAGAAAAAAUUCUUUGUUGUCUUUCGCCGGUCGUCUUUGCCAGCCGUCGCUGCCCGGACGUUACUCUUCUCGUGCUGUGGCCGUUACAUCGCCUCGCCGGAAGCCUCGUUACAUCACGGAGCAGAUCGCGACCUUCCCUUGCUGCCGGCUCGACCCCCGAUCUGCUUGCGCAACCGCUUCAACAAGCCAUCGGGUCAACUCAUCAGAACUCUAAAACUCUGUCACAACUACAGAAACCCCAGGAAGAACUUCACCUACAAAGCCGCCUCGUCCGACAUCCGACAUAUAUAUAUAUAUAUGUGUGUGUGUGUAUAUA